AUGAUAACUGUAUUUAUUAUUGUUAUUGCAUCAUUAGCAUGGUGGUCUACAAAUUCUAGACCAGAUCGUUACCGAACAGUACUAUUAAUGAGGUCACGCCCGACACAUCCUGUUACAGUCAGCAUUAGAACUAGGUCAAUGGUACCAACACAGCAAGUAACAAACACACCCCCCUCGCAACCAGUCACUGAGCCAAUAUCAAACAAUUCUGCAUCGAGCAAUAGUAAUGGGAAUCGUUUGAUCCCCAUACAAGAGAUGGAUAGCAUAGUGGAUGCGGACAUGGCUAUGUUAGACAAUAAUCGAUUACAUUUUUAUAGAGUCAUUGAUGCAACCCCAAGCACCUCGCAAGCUUCAUCACAAUCGAACGUGACGGACAGUGAGACACCCGAGGAAAUGGAACCAGCCAGCGAGGCACAAAUCCGUGAAAUGGACAGCAUAGUCAACGCUAUGGAAGCUGAUAUCACUGUGCAGCAUGAAAGAAUUUCUCCGGAGUCUGUUAGUGCUACAGCUAAAAAUGAAGAAUAUUCCCAAAAUAACAACCAAACUGGUGAAUCAGACGGAGUACCAAGCAGUUCCGGAAACGACGUCGGUGAUACAGACCAUUCGAACAAGAUUUUGAUUAAGUUGAAGUAUCUGAAUGAUACAUUGAAAGAAGUUGAAGGGAGUUUAGAUGAGUUGCUGAAAGACUUCAAAUGGCGACAUUUUGCAACGGAACUCUCAUCUGAAAGCCGUGUUCGUUUGAUAUUCAACGGACGCGUACUCGUCGAUGAAGCUGCCACGCUACGCGCUUGUGGUCUUCACCAUCAUGCCGUAGUCCACGCUCUGGUGCAUCCCAAAAGGAACUCACCGGUGCAGCCCCACCCAACUGAAACACCGACACCAACGCACUCGAUAGUGACCGAGGCGCCGGCCGCUGAACGCAGCUGGGACCUCGAGAAUAUUCUAAUGACGCUGGUCAGCGUAGCCCUCACUGUCGUCUGGUUCUUCAGAUGCGAAUAUUCCAACAUGUUCACGGCCAGCGCGAGCGUGGCGCUAUUCGGCCUAACGAUGUUCUACAGUGUCGCCAUCUUUGGGCUGUAUCUCUCUGACACAUUCCACUUCGACCGUCGGCCGGAGCACCUGCCCAAUAACUGA